AUGGGACCUACUCCCAUCCAGAGACUUAAUACCAAAUGCUCCAGAGCUAUCCAGAGUUCAACAUGGAAACAAAUAUACACAGCAGACCGAGCCGUGGAUGGGAACACGGGCAAGAGGUUUUUCGGAAACACGUGUUCACACACUGACUGCAAGGACGACAACCCAUCCUGGACUCUGUGUCUAGGAAAUAUGCAAACUGUCAGUUCAGUUACUAUCCACAACCCUGAUAAAGCAAAAGGCCGCCUAAAGAACAUCAGGAUUGACGUAUACACAGAGAACCCCAGCAACCCUGGAGCGGUACCAAUAUCAUGCGCCACUAUCGGCAGCAUGCCCGUUGCCGAUGGAAUCUCGAUUACGCUUGACUGUCCACUGAAUGUGGUUGGUAGUUACAUUAAAAUUAGCAAGACUACAAUGGGCAGAGGAUGGGGAAGAGGAUACUACAUGUGUGAUGCCCUAGUUCUUUGUGAGGUUGUGGUGAACGCAACAGCAGCAUCUGUCACCUGUCCAAAUGGUUUUCAGGCGUUCGGAGGUUCUUGUUACUCCGUUCCCGUUUCCCAAACUGCGUCAUGGUUUGAGGCCAGGGUUGCCUGCUCCACCAUUGGGGCCGAACUGGCUGUAAUUGAAAGUAUGGCCGAGAACGAUUUCAUAAAAACAACAUUCUUUGUGGCUGGAAAUUUCUACUGGACUGGGUUGCAAAAACUUGCCGAUGGUAUGACCUGGCUUUGGAUUGAUCCCAAUGCGGUACAGGGAGUGCCAAACGGACCAUCUAACGUCGCCACUCCGUUCGAAGACUGGGAUGUUGGACAGGGCGGCAUACCCAACAUCUUCAACUGUAUGAAUAUUGACAACGUCGGGAACGGCCCCAUGUGGUUUCAGGAUGAUUGCUUGCAUUUUCACCAUUUUGUAUGCGAGAAGAGUCCAACGUUCCCAGCGCCGACACCCAUAAUGUGUUUCCAGUAGGAUUCAGCACUAUAGUCUGUCCCAUCAUUCUAUUAAAAUGUUUUUUAUUAAUAAUUUCAGUUUGGUUUGACGUAAGAAGAAAAGUAAAAGUGUUUUGGAAAUAAUAAAGAAAUACAAUG